GGCAGUUCCUGACUGUGACUCAUUGCUUGUGCCCAGACCGCUUCGACAGCUACACACGGAAUGAAAACACUGUUUUCAGUUCCUAAAAUUUUACAGAGGUUUUACAUAUUGAACAUAAUUUUGUAGUUUUUUUGUAAAACGCCUUCAUAAUGGAUUGUAAAAGCUGAGCCCCACACUCUGCCCCAGGACAGACUACUGCCAUCCUGACAUUGGAGAACAACCACAACUCUUCAAAGUUAUUCACAGAGAAGCCUUAACAUGGCUGCUGCUGCCCUUGUCACAGAGAACUUUAGGUUUGUGUCUCUCUUUUUUAAGAGUAAAGAUGUGAUGAUCUUCAAUGGUCUGAUUGCCCUUGGUACUGUUGCUGGCCAGACAGCAUACAAUGUUUUUGCCUUUAAUUGUCCAUGCUCCCCCAGAAGGAAUUACUGCUAUGGCCUGGCUGCCAUUGGUGCUCCGGCGCUGGCAUUUUUCCUCAUAGGAGUAAUGAUGAACAGGAGUACCUGGGAUCUGGUGUUUGAGUGCCGUCUCAGGAAGUGCCGUAAGCUGUCAGGAGCUGCAGCCUUUGUGCUACUGAGAUCCAUUAUUGGCCAUGCUGUGGUUGCACCGCUGACUUGGGUAGUUAUCUCGUUGCUGCAAGGGCAGGCGUACACAUGCGCCCUCAGUGAAUUUGUGGAUCCCAGCACACUGAAGGGCUUCCCUGUCGGACAAGGGUCAGAAAUCAUGGCAAAGUUCCCAUGUCAAGAAGGUAUUCCUGCAGAGCUGCAAGGCUUCAAGGCAGAAGUUGAACGGCGACUGAAGUAUGAAUCUCAGCUGAUUGGCUGGCUGCUGGUUGCUGGGAUGUCUCUGAUGGUUUUCCUGUUGAUGUGUGUGAAGCGUUGUUCCUCUCCCCUUGGCUACCGGCAGGAGGACUACUGGUCCCAGUACCGCUCUGCUGAAAAGACACUCUUCCAAACAACAGCUGCUGUCCAUGCCCAGAUUUUAGCUGCAGAAAAUGUUAAGACCUUCUUUGGUUUUGUGGCCCUGGACAAAGAACUAAAGGAGCAGAUUGCUGAGCACCCCAGUGCCAGUCCUAUCUGCAAUGUUAACUGGGACAGAGUGACCGGUGUCUCUCUGUACAGAGAGAAGAAUGGAUUACCACUGUACAGCAGACUCAACAAAUGGGCAACAUACAAUCUGGAGAACGACAUAGAGGCCAUAGAGAAAGAGAUGGACACAUUCAGCUGACAGUUUGUAAAGGGUAUUAAGUCACUUCCAUAAACUGCAGAGUAAGUAAACUAGUAUAAUACAAUAUGUCUUUUCCAGCAUUUCAAAAUGCUUGACAUAUAACUGAUAUAUUUAUUUUUUGUGGAAAGACAGGAUGUUAUUGAUGUGUUUUUAUCAGUUUUUCCAAGGCAGUUCACCAUCAGUGCAAGGAGAGUAAGAUUAAGUAAUGACUAAAUUAAGACAUAUAGGGUGUUUCAAUUCCCCCUUACAUAUAGUUACUGUUUUGAGGGGAAAAAGUCACCUCAAGUGGAAGAAAAAACUUUUAUUUUCCAAAAGUGAGGAAGUGUUUUGUAUGUUCUCCUGUUUAUUGUAACAUACCUGCUGUAAAGUCACACAAAAUGAUAUCUGUGUGGAGUCUUUGUUUGUUUUUUUGUUUUUUUUUUGUUGUUUUUGUUUUUUGAAGCCAGUAUAAGUGAAGGAGAUACUGUUUUAGUUGUAAUCUGAAACUUCACCACUGGCAUGAUCAUAAUCAUCAUAAAAAUGUUACUUGUGCCAAUAUAGACAUCUUACGCAUCAUUAGAGGGCAUAGAUUCUUCAAAUUUUUGCUAUUUGGGUAUUUUUAUGGAAAUCAUAAGCAUUAAAUAACAAUUUGUCAUUAAGUAAAGACGUGUUGUGGAUUAUUGAUAUUCCUUUAGUGCAGGGGUCAAUUCAGAUUUAAGGGGGUUAGGAUAGAGAACAUUUCAGUGUGUACAGGUCUGCAGCAUUAUCAUGUUUAAAUUGCAUUAUAAUUUUGUUAUAUAUUAAUUCACUUACCUAUAUUGAAUUAGCAUCGUCAUUGUGUCAACAUCUGCACUGUGUUCCUUACGUUGCCCAUUUUUCUGCUUCCAACACAUUGACUUCAAGGACUAAAUGUUCACUUGCUGGCUGCCUCAUAUAUCCAACCUACUGAAAGGUAUCAUUGUAAUUAAUCAAUCAAUAUUAUUACCACUUCAUUCAUUACCAGUUAUAAUGUUUUGACUUGUGGGUCUAACAAUGUUAAGAUACAUUGAUUUAUUUUCCUAAUUAGGAAGAAUGCACUGUUGGUACACUGGUCAAACUUUUAUUCUAUUAUUCUAAAUCUGUAAUCUAAAUCUUUAUUGUACUUAUUCAUGUUUAUCUUGUAUCAACACAUCAAUAUUGCACUGUUGUAAAUGCUUAA